CGGAAACACAGACUUUAAGUAGAAACCGUAUGGAUUGCGCAAGAUUGUUCUAGUACCGCAAUUUCUUUGUAUAAUAGAAGUAUACGACAAGGGCUCUGGAAUUGCAAAUUCCUGUCUGUGACCACUUCCCCGCUCAAAUAUCACAGUGUUCUGAAUAUAAAGAUGUUGCAAAGUUGGUGAAAUCGGGUUUGACUUCUGCACAGCUUGCUGAGUUUCGGAAGAUGCUGUGGGGCCAUCUCCUUGAUGUGCCAGAGCUACAGUUCUCAGCGCAAAUUGUCCAUAACCUCUUGUUGAGACUAGUGUGUGACCAGCGUAAUGAUGAACUAUGGUUUUGCGUCAAUGACAAGCUGUUAAAGUUUACCUACAAUGACUUUGAACGCAUAACUGGGCUCCGUUCUAUGGGUCUAACUCCGGUCAUCUCCGAUGUGGAUGAAGGCAAUGGGAUGUUACUAGAUAAAUUCUUCGGUGGUGUGAGGGAGAUCAGCUGUGGGACCUUGACAGCAAAGAUGCAGACACUAAAGCCGAAAAAGGCAGGACCUCGCGGUGAUCCUCUCAAGCUUGCAUGUGCUUUCUACGUGCAAUGUGUUUUGAUACCGAGGAACAAGAUAACAUUGAUGAAUUCUGAAAUUCUGAAAUUGGCGGAUGAGUUGGACAGAUUUAAAGCAUACCCUUGGGCAAAAGUGUCCUACAAUCUAAUGGUAUCUCAGAUAAAGACUCUUAUGGUUGGGCAGGGCGAUAGGUUCAAGGAGAAUAAGAAAGCCAAUCCUCAAUACAAAAAUGCAAAGUUCACAUUGCAUGGCCUUCCUCUCGUCCUACAGGUUUGGGCCUACGAGAGUCUGCCAGAGCUAGGACGGAGAUGUGCUAAACGUGUUGGCAAUCAUGACGUCCCCUUGCUCAAUUGGAAGGCUAUGGGGUUCUUUCAUGUGCAAACGCUAAAUGAAAUGAUUUUCAAGGAUCAUUACGAUGAGGAAGAUGAGGAAGACGAUGGUGAAGAUGAUGAUGGCUUCAAAUCCAAGAUGAUGGCUGAAAUGAAAAAGCUACGGGCGCAAGUGGUGUCUCUGGAGGCGCGGCUGAAACUAAUGGAAGAUAGGUUGCUUGUUGGGAGUGUGGCCGAGGAGAAGCAUGAUGAAGAUGAAGAUGCCAUGCAUCAAGCUGAUGAAGAUGAAGAGCACAAGCAGGAUGAAGUUGCAGUUGUUGAGGAGGACCAUGAGAAAGUAAAUGUUAUUGUGUUUCGCACUUGACACUGCUCUUCUUUCCAUGCAUUGUGAAUGUCUGUCUUUCCUUUACGUUUUGUUUGUCUCAUAUAAUUGUUGUCUGUCUGUAUGUCCUUUACCAUUAAAUGUAGGUGGCAAAUGUAGUCGCAUGUGAUAUGAAUGCCUCUGUACCUUCUCAUGAGGUUCAUGAAUCUUAGUAGAAAUUGAGAAUCAUAUGGAAGAAUGAGGCCUUUUGUCAAAGAGAAGUGUGUGUCACUUUCAAAUCACAGAAGAAACAUCGUGUUCCUUCAUUAAGACAGAUUUCACCAAAUUUAUUGUUUGAAAAUUUUCGAGUCUCUUACCUUCUUCUAAGACAUUCAAGGAUAAGGCUGAGAAACAUGGGCUUCCUUCAAUCAUACUUACAGGGAAGGUAAUUUCAUGGCCCAUUUCCUUGCGGGCCCAGAAUGCUGUAUGGAUCAAUUCAAGUAUUAUGAUCAUGUGGAUCAAUUGUCCAUUAGUGUGAAAUGUAGC